GGAAGCUCGCGCUCGGUGACGGGUGAUGUGGACUUGCGGGCAGUGAGCGGCUGUUCCUCGCGGAGAAACGCGGGCGCUUGAAACAAUGGCGACGUGAGGUGAGACCGCCCAGCGAACAGCCGGAGUGCACCUGAAGCAACUGUAAAUAUGAUGGAAGAAUGUGUGCCCAGCGAGAGCGUGUCGCUGGAUGGGGGCGUCGAGUCAGAGAAUUCGAACUUUCCCCCCGGAGAGGGACUGAGAGCGGCGGCGGCUAGGGGUAGUCCGGGCUGCGCGGUGAGGAUCUCCGGCUCGACCGAAAGCGUCCUAACCGAGCUGGAAGCAGACGGCUCCGGGGAGGAGGAGCUCCUCUUGCCGGGCCUGGGUGGCACCGGCUCCCCGAGGAGUGGCAAGGAGAAGCGGAGCCGCCGCAGCCGCCGGAGCUCGUCCUCGGAUAAGGAGAACCUGGCGUCUCCAGGUACCGGAGAGGUUAACUUUUUCCCAGAGGACCCUGAGUUUGCGGAGAUCAUCCAGCGGGCAGAGCAGGCCAUCGAGAAUGGUGUCUUUCCUGAGAGGAUUUCCCAGGGUUCCAGUGGCAGCUACUUUGUAAAGGAUCCUAAAGGGAAAAUAAUUGGUGUGUUCAAACCAAAAUCCGAAGAGCCUUACGGACACCUGAACCCCAAAUGGACCAAAUAUUUCCACAAGGUGUGCUGCCCCUGUUGUUUUGGGAGGGGCUGUCUUGUUCCCAACCAGGGUUACCUCUCGGAGGCGGCCGCCUCGCUUGUCGACCAAAAACUGGGUUUGAACAUAGUGCCCAAGACAAAGGUCGUGUACCUGGUGAGUGAAACUUUUCACUACAGUGCAAUAGACCGUGCAAAGUCAAGAGGAAAAAAAUAUGCUUUAGAGAAAGUCCCUAAAGUUGGCAGAAGAUUUCACAGAGUUGGCUUGCCUCCUAAGGUUGGCUCCUUUCAGCUUUUUGUGGAGGGGUACCAGGAAGCAGACUACUGGUUGAGGAAGUUUGAAGCAGACCCCCUCCCAGAGAACAUGAGAAAACAGCUGCAGUCCCAGUUUGAGAGAUUGGUGGUUUUGGACUAUGUCAUUAGGAACACAGACAGAGGAAAUGACAACUGGUUGAUCAAGUACGAAAAGCCAGGUGACAGUGAGGCCUCCGAGAAGGACACCGAAUGGAGCACAGCAAAGGAUUCAGCUAUCAAAAUAGCAGCCAUAGAUAAUGGGCUGGCAUUUCCUUUCAAGCAUCCUGAUGAAUGGAGAGCAUAUCCGUUCCACUGGGCAUGGCUGCCACAGGCCAAGGUGGCUUUUUCCCAGGAGACGAGGGAGCUCGUACUGUCUCGCAUCUCUGACAUGAAUUUUGUGCAGGAUCUCUGCGAGGACCUCUACGAGAUGUUCAAGACUGAUAAAGGAUUUGACAAAGCUACUUUUGAGAAGCAGAUGUCUGUAAUGAGAGGACAAAUCCUGAACCUCACCCAGGCACUAAAGGAUGGCAAGAGCCCCAUUCAGCUUGUACAGAUGCCUCGUGUCGUGGUGGAGCGCAGCAGCAGUGGGAGCCAAGGCCGCGUGGUGCAGCUGGGCAACGCCUUCACUCAGACGUUUCACUGCAAGCGGCCCUUCUUCUCCUCCUGGUAGAAGGCACCGGACCCCUGGAAAGGCCCAAGCUUCUCUUGACUCACUCAGCACUUAGCCAGCCCAGCUGCUCUCCUGUGAAACUGCAUUGAAAUGCCAAAGGAUAUAGGUUGCCAGUGUUAGGAGGGCUCAGCUCCCAACUGCCAAACUUUUUAAAAUGAAAAGAGAAAUGGUUUAGACAAUUAAACUUGAAUAUUUGAAAAUUGGUUGCUUGAAUGUAAUUCCAGGUUUACAGUUUUUGAAUAUUUCAGUGUAAAGGAGUACUGCUGUAGACUAGUAUUUUUUUAAUGCAAUGAAUGUAUUUGAUAAUUGAAAUGUAUUUAAAUGCGGGCUACAAUUUGGGAUGUGUAUUUGUUCCACCUUUCUUGUGAGCGAAAAAUGAACUUUGGGACAUUACCCAUGGUGGGUGGUGUUAACUCAUCCACCUCUGGAUGCAUCUUGGGCUUAAACUUGUACAAAACAUGAUUGUAAAAGUUGAUGUAGUUUUGUGUAUUUAAAGGGAUUCAAUAAAUUUGAAAAUUGUUUAAUAUGAACAUUUUCCUAAGUUUUAGGUAAUAUGCUUUGUAUGAAUGUUUUUUUUUUUUUUUUUUUUUUUUUUUUUUUUUGGAAAGAGAUGUGAUUCACAGCUGGAAUGUUGUCUCCUGUUUUCUAUGAAUUCAGAUGCCACUCCACCAGAGGGAGACAUAUAUCUGAUCU